GCAAUAAACGGUCACACUUUGGUGCAAUCAAUAAACUUUUAUUUUCGCAGCUGCGUUUUUGGUGUUUUGGUUUCUUUUGUUGAACUGCAGCUGAGCAAAUUACAUCAUUGCAUAGUUCAGAGCCCAGAGACAAAAGAACCAACACACAUGACACAAUGGCGACCGAUCGUCGAUUAGAAUACGAAAGCGAACGAUAUGCGACGUUCCUCGAGUGGCCCACAAAUGCACCCGUCCAAGUCGGAGAUCUGGUGAAGAACGGUUUCUUUGCCACGGGCAAUUGGCUGGAAGCGGAAUGCAAUUGGUGUCACAUACGCAUCGAUCACUGGGAGUAUGGGGAUCAGGUCGGCGAACGACAUCGUCGCGCCUCACCCAUCUGCUCCAUGGUGCUGGCGCCAGGCCACUGUGGCAAUGUCCCCAUGGUGCCAGCUACUGGUCAACAGCAGCAGCAGCAGCAGUCGAGUGACUGCGAGGGCAAUUGCGUUGUCGAUGGCGGCACAGCAGCAACAGCAGCUCAGCAGGGACAGACAACAACACCGGAUCUGCUCAUCGAAGCGAAUCGCCUGGAAACGUUCAAGGAUUGGCCAAAUCCAAAUAUAACGCCACAGGAUUUGGCCAAGGCUGGCUUCUACUAUCUGAAUCAGUCGGAUCAUGUGAGAUGCGUGUGGUGCAACGGCGUUAUUGCCAAGUGGGAGAAGAACGACAAUGCCUUCGAGGAGCAUCGACGCUUCUUUCCCAAUUGUCCGCGCGUCCAAAUAGGUCCACUCAUCCAGUUCGCCGGCAGUGAUCUUGAGGAGCUGGGCAUACAGCCCACAUCGUUGCCACAUCGACCCAAGUACUCGUGCAUGGAGUCGCGAUUGCGAACGUUUCGCGAUUGGCCCAUCGUGGACAUACAGCCGGCGGAGCCGUUGGCUCAGGCAGGUCUUUACUACCAGAAGAUCGAUGAUCAGGUGCGUUGCUUCCAUUGCAACAUCGGGCUGCGCUCCUGGCAGAAAGAGGAUGAGCCGUGGCACGAGCACGCCAAAUGGUCGCCUAAAUGCCAAUUUGUAUUGCUCGCCAAGGGACCGAAUUUUGUGCGACAAGUGCGUGAGAUGGCAGCACUAACGCCAACCACAGCGGCAACAGCGCCACAGCUCCCGACGAGCAUCGGCAGUGCCAUGUGCACGGAGCCCGUUCGCCAGGCCUUGGUCCUCGGCAUUGAUGUGGGCGUGGUGCGUCAGACUAUGGUCCGUAAGCUGUCCAAUUCGGGUUGUCCCUUCGACACGCUGGAUGAUCUGCUGCAUGCCAUAUUCGAUGAUGCUGGUGGCUCCAGUGCAGCACUGGAGGUCACCGAACCAACAACAACGGAACCAACUGCACCCCUUGAGGAUUGCUCGGCGACGACAAGCAAAGCGGCCGCCUUGGAGACGACACCGGUGAUACCAACACCAACGACAACACCCAUUGUGGCUACAGCUCCGCCACUACCAACGGCCUUGGACAGCAGCUCGCUGCCAAAUGGCAAUCUGUCGCUGGAGGAGGAAAAUCGUCUGCUGAAGGAUGCACGCCUCUGCAAGGUCUGCCUCGACGAGGAGGUCGGCGUUGUUUUCCUGCCCUGCGGACACUUGGCAACCUGUAAUCAGUGCGCGCCCAGCGUUGCCAAUUGUCCGAUGUGCCGGGCGCCCAUCAAAGGAUUUGUGCGUACUUUUCUCUCUUGAAGCAACUGGGAGGCAACUGCUCCUCCUCCUUUAUAUAUCUAUAUCUAUAUAUAUACUGUAUGUUGAUGGAUCAUAGCAUAAUUCCUAUUGUCUACUUUGUACUUGGAACGCCGCAGCUCAAGUUAAGCGUUGGGCGGUGGGCGUGCGUCUCCAUCAGCUGUUUAUCGUUCACUAACUGAUGGCGUACGCAAUUCACAAUGUUACUAACUUUUCUCUCAGUGUGUCUAAGCUUAUUAUGCGAGUUUUUUUAUACAUAAAUCAAAUCAACUGUUUACUGUUUAAAGAGUGAAAAAACUACAACAAAAAAUACCCCUGCAAUUGGAGGCAGAAUUGAAAAAUUAACUCAGAGAUAAUCUACAAAUUGUUCAGUUUAUUUUUUGAAAAUUGUAAGUGCAUGAAUUGAACUGUGUUUUUGUGUUUUUUUGAAAAUUCUAAGCGCAUAUAAAAUAUUUAAAAUUUAAACUCAAAUCACCUUUUUUUUGGAAAUUAUAAUUAAUUACAAAACAUCUCUUUUAAUUGAAUCGAAAAGAAUUUAAUCAAUGAUUUUAACCAAGCAAUUUUUAUUGGUUCUUGUUAUUCCUCGACAAAUGAAAGAAAGAUUUUAAUCAAGAAAUUUGCAUAGCUCUUCUUAUUCCCAUACAUCGACAUUAAUUAGCCAUAUUCCUGUUUUUAGCCUCGACAUCAACAGCAAGGGUAUUUUUUUGAAUUCGGCUUUAGUCGAAGGCACAAAGCUGUCUAUUUCUUGUUAUUGAUUGUGUUAUUAGUAUCCGCUGACUUAUUGCAGCACACGAAACAAAUUUAAUUACAAAUACAAAUGCAAAUAAAUAUAUAUAUAAAUGU